UUAGCGGAACAUAUUAGAAGAAAUCACUCCGUACUCAAACUCCUUCCAAUUCUCCUCGGCAUUGUUCGCACAGUUGGAUUCGCCGAUCUUCGCCGCGACUCGCUCAGCCGAAUCCAAUUCCUCGCCGACGAAUCCAUAAAACCUAUUAUACUUACGUUCGAUUAAAUUCACUGACAAACUAUGAUAACGGCGACAUUGAUUUAUCGAUCGAAGAAAUUAAAAUGCCACCUGGUGAUCUGUCUGUUAAAACUGUGACAUGGAUCAGUGUGGCUACUCUUACGAGCAAAAUUCUGGGAUUAAUUAGGGAGGUUAUAAUGGCUUCAGUUUUUGGUAUUGGUCCUGUUGCCACCGCGUUCAAGUAUGCUUGGGUUUUGCUUGGUUUCUCUUCGUCGCUGCUUGGCAGUUUGUUAUCUCAAACAUCUUGUGUUAAUGGUCCCAUCCAUAUUAUUAUGGCAACCACUUUAAGUAAACUCCCAAAGCACUGCCGAGAAAAACUAUUUCAACAUACGGCCACCAUUAUGUUUCUGGUAGGAGCUGUUGUGGGUACUCUCGUGUACAUAUUUUCUGAGUUCAUAAUUCAUAUGUAUGCACCUGGUUUGUGGGUCUUGGCAGAAGGCCGAAUUAUAAGAGAAAUAGCUAUCGAUCAGUUGAAAAUAAUGACUCCAUGUAUAGUUCUUGCGGGUCCUGUUGGGCUUGGGUUUGGAUACAUGAGUGCAGAAGGAAAUAAUAUUCUUCCUUCUAUCAGCCCUGCUUUGUCCAGUUCUCUCCUGAUUUUCGGUUGUCUCAUCUAUACUUUUACCAGACAAUCAAGGGCUUCCUAUUCUGGUGGAAGUCUGCUAUCAUUAGGAGUUUCACUUGGGUUAUUUCUGCAGUGGAUCAUCCAGACCAUGGCGCAGUGGUAUUCCAGAUUCCUUUAUUACUGCCUUGACAAGUGGAGAUGUUAAUGAGUUCUUCACACUGUUGAUACCAGCGAUCAUUAGGUCUGGCUUGGCACAAAGUGCAUCUUUUACAGACCUUUGUUUUGCAUCUUUCAUCCCUGGUGCUGCGGCUAGUCUCUCCUAUGCAUAUCUUAUGGUCAUGGCUCCAGUGGGCGCACUUUCGAGCGUAGUUGUGCUGCCUCUUUUACCUUCCAUCUCCAAACUGGCGAAGACCGCAUCCUGGGAGAGCUUAAUGGAAAAUUUAAUGAGAUCUGUGCUACUUUGCAUGGUAGUUCUCUUGCCCAUUUUGUCGAUCAUGUGGAUCCUGGCAGAGCCAAUCAUCCAUUUUUUGUUUGAACGCUAUGCAUUUGAUUCUUCCACUAGGGCUCUAGUAUCUACCCUCUUCUUUGCUUGUGCGUGUCUAUUCCUUCAGUGCACCAUUCUUCAUCAUCAGACUUGUUAGUUGCAGUAUUUUA